AAAUUUUAAGUAUAAGCUCCUUUAAUACAAACGCUAAAACGAUCCUUACUUUCAAGCACCUUGCAAGCAGAAGAUUCGACAACAACAAAAUUAACUGGUUAAUAAUUAAGCAAGAUGACUCGUCAUUCCAAAAACUGUACAGCUGGAACUGUGUAUUCAUACCAUGAGAGGAAAAGGGAUGCAUCCUCCUCAGGUUAUGGCACAAACAAAAUGAGACUGGGCAAAGACUCUGUAAAGGAAUUUGAUUGCUGUUGUCUCACACUCCAACCUUGUAAGAACCCUGUUGUAACACCAGAUGGAUUCCUUUAUGACAAGGAGGCAGUUUUAGAAUAUAUUCUUCAUCAGAAAAAAGAAAUUGCAAAGCAACUGAAAAAGUUUGAAAAACAACAGAACAGGGAGCAGGAAGAACUUAAAGAACUGGGGAGAGCAGAGUUGGAAUCUAAGAAACAGACCCUACAGAUCAGUACCCAAGCCCCAGGGGCUGCAGCCAAACAAAAAGCUGCAAAAGCUAAUGGUAUCUCAAACAUGGAUUCCACCAGGUCUAAAGAGCUUCCAAGCUUCUGGAUACCAUCCAUGACUCCUGCCGCAGGAGCCAGCAAAGUGAACAAACCGGAUGAGAAGGUCAAGUGUCCAAUGAGUGGAAAGCCAUUACGACUCAAAGAUCUAAUCACUGUGAAUUUCACCGAUAUUAAUGACAGAGAUUCUAAGACAGCCCUGAUCACUAAACAGGCACGGUAUGUUUGUGCUGUAACAAACGAUGUCCUCGGAAACUCCAUACCCUGUGCUGUCCUCAGACCGUCAGGAAGUGUGGUAACUAUGGAAUGUGUGGAAAAGAUUAUUAAGAAGGACAUGUUGGACCCGAUCAAUGGUGCCAAGCUCAGAGAAAAGGACAUUGUACAGCUACAAAGGGGUGCUUCGGGUUUUGCAGCUGCAGGAAAUGAACUAGAAGCUAAAAAAGAUGGAGCUGUACUUAUGGCUUGAGUCAUAGUACGUGUACUUACUCUACCAACAGACAAAGGAAGAUCAAGCAAAUAAAGUCCUAGUUUGCACUCGAUCUUUUGAGGUGAUUUCGAAAGAAGAUUUCUGAUAUUUUUAUGAAAAAUUUCAAGUUCGUCAGAUACAGGAUAAGGAAUCUUCAUGUCUUAGGUAAAGGACAAACAGUUGAACCUGUUAUAAGACAAAGGACAAAAUGUUGAAAGGUCAAGCUUCACUGGUUACAGGUCAAGAAAAACCAAUAAUGUAAAUGACAGACUGUUGAAAAGGUCAAGCUUAACUCAUUACAGGUCGAGGACAACCUGUUAAAAGUUCAAGGUCAUUGUUAUUAAAGGCCAUAUUUAUAUAAAGUUCAACAAGUCACAGGUCAAGGACAACCUGUUAAAGUUCAAGGGCAUUCUGUUAUUAAAGGUAAUAUUUAAGUCAAGUCCAACCUGUUACAGGUAAGGUAUACAUGUUAAAAGUCAACAGUUUCAUCUUAAUGACUAGACUGGUAUUAUAUUGUCUAUAAUCAGUGUUCUGUUGGCCUGGCCUGUUCUUAAAUGCAGCUUUAGAUUAAGUAAGAGUGAAGAUUGAAAGAUGCAGAAGAAUGAAAGAGAGAAUUGAAUUAAUCGUGUAUGUAAGAAUAUGUUGGAUAAAUUGGAGGACAAAACUCUUUCAUAUUUAUAUUUUAUUUGUCAUUCAUGUGUACAUUUCUAUAGCAUUUUAAUACAAAAAUAAAUUUUAGAUGUAACAUUU